UUUCAAGAAUUGGGGGGUGUGGAGCCCAAAGCUGGUCCUUUGCUUUGCUGGCUUCAAGCUCUCCAUUGUUGGUUUUUAAUGGGGUUUGUCUGCUGACAAAGACCAUACUUUCACUUUGGCCCAAUCCAACAAAAUAAACAUCUCUCUCAAUUCAUCACUCCCUUUUCACUUUCUCUCUCUCUUUCUCUCUAUGUAUAAUCUUCCAUCAUCAUAUUCAUCCUCAAAGAAAAAGUGACACACAAAAAAAAAAAAAACUAGUUUAUUUUUUUUUUCCUUUGAUUUGAUUGAUCCACAGAUCUAACCUCUUUCACUUUCAGAUCUUCUUGCUUUUUCAACUGUAAAGUCCACAGAAUUUGCUGCUGCAAAAUUGAGGUUUAUAAAAGGCAGCUUUGAGUUGAGUCCCGCUAAAUGUGGAGACUGAGAUGAGGUAUGUCAUCUGGAUUAAUGAACUUGUUGAGGGCCUGCUUUCAGCCAAGGGCAGAUGGACAUGUUCAUACAGGUUCAGAUGCCGGCGGUCGUCAAGAUGGGCUCCUAUGGUAUAAGGAUAUUGGACAACAUUUUAAUGGAGAGUUCUCAAUGGCUGUAGUUCAAGCUAAUAAUCUACUGGAAGACCAAAGCCAACUUGAAUCUGGCUGCUUGAGCUUAAAUGAUUCUGGUCCUUAUGGUACUUUUGUUGGAGUUUAUGAUGGCCAUGGCGGUCCUGAGACUUCAAGAUUCAUCAAUAAUCACCUCUUUCAACAUCUCAAGAGGUUCAGUUCUGAGCAGCAAUCAAUGUCUGUGGACGUGAUUCGAAAGGCAUUUCAAGCAACAGAAGAGGGUUUCCUCUCUGUUGUAUCAAGACAAUGGCCGAUGAAACCACAGAUUGCUGCUGUUGGAUCAUGCUGUCUUGUUGGAGUUAUCUGCAACGGGACAUUAUAUAUUGCCAACCUUGGUGACUCUCGAGCAGUCCUGGGUAGGCUUGUCAAGGCAACAGGGGAGGUACUUGCUGUUCAGCUCUCUGCAGAACACAACGCAAGUAUUGAAUCCGUUAGACAGGAGUUGCAAUCUUGGCACCCAGAUGACCCUCAAAUAGUAGUUCUAAAGCACAAUGUCUGGCGUGUGAAGGGCCUUAUACAGAUUUCAAGAUCCAUUGGUGAUGUGUACUUAAAGAAACCCGAAUUCAACAGGGAACCAUUAUAUGCUAAGUUUCGUCUCCGCGAGCCAUUCAGUAGGCCCAUAUUGAGCGCAGAUCCAGCGAUUUCAGUGCACCAUUUGCAAUCUCAAGAUCUAUUUGUCAUAUUUGCAUCGGACGGUCUUUGGGAGCACCUAAGUAACCAAGAAGCUGUCGAUAUUGUACAAAAUCACCCACGCAAUGGAAUUGCUAAAAGAUUAGUAAAAGCUGCAUUGCAAGAAGCAGCAAAGAAAAGGGAAAUGAGGUACUCAGACCUGAAGAAAAUUGAUAGGGGAGUCCGUCGGCAUUUCCACGAUGACAUUACAGUGGUGGUUGUAUUCCUUGACUCAAAUGUUGUAAGCAGGGCUAGCUCUGUCAAGAGUCCUAAUGUUUCUGUUAAAGGGGGCGGCAUCACUCUGCCUCCAAACACACUUGCUCCAUGCACCACUCCAACGUAAGUUGAUGGCUAUUUCAAAAGGUGGUCGUUGUUGCUGUUGUUGUCACUACUCUUUCCUUGUGAAUACGAGGUAGCUUCUUAAAGAUAAAAGGCAGGUCUACGAAAUUUUUAAAUGUACACCAUAAUCUAACUGAGACUAAUACUCGGAUUUAGUACCAGUGUAACAAAGGGCGGAAUCUCAGUGGAUCAUUACACGGAUUUAGUUCUUGAGCACAAGGGACCGGGAAAAAAGAGAUCCUCACAAAAUGUUAAUUCGAGUUUGUCUCACUUAGCCUCUGUUAUUCCUUCAGAGUUAUCGGUCUUUUUUUUCCUCUUGUAAAUUAUGUGACCUGGUGGUUGUAAAUGUUUUAAAGCCUACUUAAUUCUUUAAUGGUAUGUUUCUGAGUACUGCUAUAGUAAUAACCUGGUCAAAAUUGUAUGGCGUAGCCAGUUUUUCGGUUGGCUAUUGAAAAAUAGCCACCAAUCUAAAUGUAAUCGAUUUCUAGCCAUUUUAACUUAAAAUAUAUGGUAAAAUGACAUAACUGCCCUUGA